AGUACAGGACACAUUGCUUUCUCCCUCUUUUUGUCAUGACAGUGUGAUGUGAGAGAGUGUGUUGGGGACAGGGGAGAGACGAAGAAAAACAAACUCCUGCUCCCUCUAUUUGGAUUCCAUCCAGGAUAUUUUUUGUUUGGGUUUUGCUGUACAUGAAGAAGACUGACAGUGGUGCACUCUACGUGACAAGCUGUGUGUUUGCUAAGUCCUGCUGUUUUUCUUUUGUUGUUACUGGAAACUUGCCCUUAGGUAAAGUCAACUUCCAUCAUGCUUUGUUAGAAGGAUUUACUUUUUCAGACUGACAAUCAGCUGGGAGAGAAGUGGUGUAUAAAAGACUCCAGGAUCUUCAUGUGUCAGAGGGCAUGAUCGACAACGCAGUGGAUAUGGACAGUCUGAACAGGAACUUGCCUGAACGCGGAUGGCAGACCCAUAAGGUGUUACAGAGCACGCCACUGGAUCUGUUUGAGAGUGGCAAGGCGCUGAAGGUCCAGGCAGAGCGCCCCCAUCUGGUCAGUCUGGGCAGUGGCCGUCUCAGCACGGCCAUCACACUGCUGCCCCUUCCUGAAGGUAGGACCACGUUGGGCCAUGGGGCCAUGGACAUCAGCAUCCAGGGCCCAGGAGUUGCCGGCCAGCACUGCUACAUAGAGAACCGGGCAGGGAUCAUCACUCUCCACCCCUGUGGGAACCAGUGUGCCAUAGACGGGCUUCCUGUCACCAAACCGGUCCGCCUGUCACAAGGCUGUAUGCUGUGUUUUGGCCAGUCGGCUUUUUUCCGCUUCAACCACCCAGAGGAGGCGUUCAGGAUGAAGAGCAUGAUGCCAGGGGGAAGCAGGGGCUCCGGUGGGAACUACAGAAUCCACUCAGAUACAGAGGGCCUGGUCAAUGGGAACCAUCAGUCAGGAGCGUCCCAGUUGCGCCACCCAGCCCCCGGGGAAAGAGACUCCCGCUCCGAGCAUAGUGCCAUCGUCAGCUCCAUCGAAAAGGACCUCCAGGACAUCAUGGACUCCCUAGUCAUGGAUGAUCCCCAGCCUCCCUCUUCAGACCACCCCAUCCCCCACUCCCCGCUGUCCCCCAUGGUCAAUGGAGGAGGCCGAUACCUCCUCUCUCCUCCCACCAGCCCAGGAGCCAUGUCUGUGGGCUCCAGCUAUGAGAACACCUCCCCACCCUUCUCCCCCCUGUCCUCUCCCUCGGCGGCCAGCAGCGCAGGCAGCUACACCAGCCCUUCUCCCAGCGGCUGCCUGGACCCCCAGGACCCAUCCCUGCCCCCCGUGCCGGUCCGCUCAUCCAGCUACAACUACACAACUACACCACCCAUCCCUCAGCCAAGGACCACACUGACCAACUACAGCCCUGGAGGCGGGGUGCAGAGGGUUCCUGAGAGCCCUAGGCACCAGAGAAAAGGUCUCCUGGAGGCCCCCCAGAGCCCCAAGCCAGCCCGCAGAGGCCAGAGCCUGGACAGCCCAGGGGGGGUGGGUUCAGAGAGCCCUAGACUGACCCACCUAUCUAUUGCCUCAGCCGAUGCCGGGUACAUGGGCAGGAAUGCAGUGCCAAGUAGCCCCAGAUUCACGGCCAAGUUCCCCUACACCACCUCCUCCCCAUCCAGUCCAAGGACGAAAGCGGGAACCAUCCUCCAGGAGCGCCCGGCCAGCCCCUUCAGAGAGCAAGUGGACCACUCCCUCACCUCCAGCCCUUCCAGACAGCUGCUAUCCCAGCACAGCAGGGCCUUUCAGCCUCCCCUGGACCCAAUCGUCCACAUCAUCCAGGGGGGCUCUCCACUCCAGCAGCACCACCCCUUCGCCCACCCCCGCACGCUGCAGCCCCCAGAGAGCCCUCGACUGUCUCGCAGGAACCUUGAGCUCAGCAGCGGGGCCAGCAGCAUGAAGGAGCUCCCUCCUCUCAGCCCCUCCAUGGCUCGCAGAGGGGUGCCUGUUCUCCCGGGGGCUCUCCCUGGAAGUAUCCCCACAUUGAGAACACCUGAGAGCCCAUCAUCAUUGGGGAAGUUGGGAGUCCCGGAGAGCCCCAGGCUCCAACGCAAGGCCGAGUCCCCCGCGGAGGACCAGUUUGGCGGCAGUGUGGUCCGAGCCCGCAGCCCCUCCCCCACCUCAGGGUUGAUGAUGAUGGAGAGCGGGGGAGGGGGGAGGAAGGCCAGCUUUGGGAAUGCCCUCUCCCCAGCUUACAGCCUGGGCUCUCUGCCUGGCUCCUCUCCUCUUGCCAGCCCCAGGGGCCAUAGGAAGAUGUCUGGGGGCCCCUGGGAUCUGAGGGGCCCCCACCCGGGCAUGCGCGAGCGCAAAAACAGCAUCUCUGAGAUCAGCGACAACGAGGACGAGCUGUUGGAGUACCACCGGCGCCAGAGAGAGGAGAGGCUCAGGGAGCAGGAGAUGGAAAGACUGGAGAGGCAGAGGCUGGAGACCAUCCUGAACCUGUGUGCUGAGUACAACAAGGGCGACGGGCCCUUGGGGGGUGAGGCAGAGGGGAGGAUGGGCUUCCCUGGGGGUCUGGGACCGGGGGAGGGGGCGGCCAGGAGACCCUCUAUGGACAGCUUGGCAGGGUCCAGCUCGCUGUGUCGUAGCAUGGCCCAGAGACAGCAGAGGGAGAGCGACGAGGAGAACCUCAAGGAGGAGUGCAGCAGUACAGAGAGCACCCAUCAGGAGGUGAGGACGCCACUUCCUCCACAGGCCCUCCACAAUGGAGACCGAUACCAGCAUGAAGAGCAGUCUGUUUCUGGCGGCGUGGAGCGGGCAGAGCUGGGUUACCUGGAGGACGAGAGGGUCAGAGUGCUGGCCCGAGUCGACGAGCUCAAAUCACGGAUUACAGAGCUGGAGCAACAGCUACAGGAGUCCAAGCAGGAGGCGGAGAUGGAGCGGGCCCUGCUACAGGGGGAGAGGCAGGCGGAACUGGACCAGAUGGAGGCAGAGACGGAGAUCAUCAGACAGCUGCAACACAAGCGCAAGGAGCUGGAGAACACCAUCCAGAGGGAGAAAGACAAGGCAUUGCCAAAUCCUGGAUGGCUUCCCAAGACCGUAUCUAGUUGGUUUUGCCAUCCCAAGGAGAGGGCAAAUGUUGACGCAGAGCGCCGCGCCCUGGCGAGCCUCCAGGAGGGCUACAGUGAGCUGAAGAACCAGCUUCAUAACUGCCCCGAGUCACUGAGGGAGCAGUUACACGAACAGCUCAAAAGGGAGGGCGAGACCUUGGAGUCAGAGACAAAACAGUUUGAGGACUUGGAGUUCCAGCAGCUGGAGAGGGAAAGCAGCCUGGAGGAGGAGAGGGAGACCAUCAGCCAGCAGCUGCUGCAGGAGAGGGCCGAGUACCACACCAGCAUGGCCAAGAGGAAGGACAAGGUGGCAGCUCUGGAAGGCCAGGCCAGUCAGCUGGGACAGCAGGCGUCUCAGGAGUGUGACAAGCUGGCUAAGGACAGGAACCUUACCCUGCAGAUGCUCCAUAAGGAGAAAGAGAGACUAUCGGCCCUGGAGAAGAGGUACCUCAGCCUUACAGGAGGAAGGACUUUCCCUAAGAGUUCCAGCACCAUGAAAGAGGAAGUGCUCCAUAUCAGCGAGAUUGACCUGUUAGAGGACUCCCACUCCCAGCAUCCUCUCUGCCGACCCGCUGCUUUCUUUUUAAGCUCCUCCUUUCAGUUAUACCCAGGGGGCAGCCCGACAGAGGAGUACAUGAAGCUCUCGGAUGUCUAUAGGAUGUAUGGGAGAGAUUGCCAUGACACCCAACUCACCACCACUGCUCAGCACGGCCUCUCGCUCAUCCUAGACACAGCUGUCCCCUGCGAGGAGUAUUUGACUGUGGGCCAGUUAACUCAGAUCUUUGGGAUGCCGAAGGUCGAGUCCUCCCCUACCUCUCCUCUCCGGCCCUUCCAGUCAGGAGCGGGAGACCCUGCCUUCUCCUGCCUCUCCGUUCCUCACGGUUCCUCCCUCUCUCUCUCUGUUGAGUACCAGCCUGAGCGCAGUAGGCCUCAAAUCCCCACUCUCGAUUUAGAGCAGUGGUACCAGGAGGCGAUGGCUGCUGGGGUGAGCAGCCAUCUCUGCCCCCCUCUCCCAGCUAAAUCUCUCUCCCCUCGCAGGCCUAUGCAGGUGUUCCGCUCCAAGCUGGACAGUGAUGCUGGACAGACGGUACAUCAACCCAAAGCAGGCUCCGGAUCCCAUCUGCAGUGUGGAGCUGCCACACUGGGACGCAACACAACCUCCAAGAGCCCACUGAUGGUUCCCAACAGUACCGGCAGUUUGCCACGUAACUUGGCUGCCACCAUGCAGGACAUAGAGACCAAGAGAGCGCUAGCCUUACAGCAGAAAGAGUCCUCCUUGCCUUCCACGCCUGAGUCUCCCUGCUCCACCAUGGACAAUCCCACAGACCGACAGAUAGACAGACAGACCUCUGAGCCUGGGAGCCACCAGGUGAUCGAGGAGCAGCGGCGUCGAUUGGCUGAGCUGAAGCAGCGGGCUGCAGUGGAGGCCCAGUGCCAGUGGGAUGCGCUCCACGGCUCUCAGACCCACCUCAACACCCAGUAUGCCCCUUCCCAUGCCCAAGGCCCUCCCAUGGUGCACCACUCCAUCCUGCACCACCAGCCGCCACCGGCGGGCGAGCAGCCAUACGACACACUGAGUCUGGAGAGCUCUGACAGCAUGGACACCAGCGUCUCCACCGGCAACAACUCAGCCUGCUCCCCCGACAACAUGUCCAGUGCCAGUGGGAUGGACGCGCUGAAGAUCGAGGAGAUGGAGAAGAUGCUGAAAGAAGCCCACCUAGAGAAGGCCAGGCUCAUAGAAUCCAGAGAGCGUGAGAGCCAUGCCCGUAGGCAGAUGCUGGAGGAGGAGAGGAGGCGGCGCGAGGAGGCUGAGAAGAGGCUGCAGGAGGAGACGGUGCACAGGCAGCAACUGGUGGACAAGGAGGUGAAGAUGAGAAGCAAGAACUUCUCCCAGGCCCGUCCUAUGACUCGUUACCUGCCCAUCCGCAAGGAGGAAUUUGACCUGCGCUCCCACAUCGAGUCAUCCGGCCACAACGUGGAGACCUCUCACCACGUGAUCCUCACAGAGAAGAUGUGCAAGGGUUACCUGGUCAAGAUGGGCGGCAAAAUCAAGUCGUGGAAGAAACGCUGGUUUGUCUUCGACCGCCUCAAAAGGACCUUCUCCUAUUACGUUGACAAGCACGAGACCAAACUGAAAGGAGUCAUCUACUUCCAGGCCAUUGAAGAGGUCUACUACGAUCACUUGCGUAUCGCCACGAAGAAAGGAUUUUUCAACCUCAAUUUGGCCAAUCACUUUUCUGAGCUCCUGCCUCCUCAGUUUCGGAGAGAGAGCCCCAAUCCCUCGUUGACCUUCUGUGUGAAGACUCAUGACAGACUCUACUACAUGGUGGCCCCUGCCCCGGAGGCCAUGAGGAUAUGGAUGGACGUUAUAGUAACCGGAGCCGAGGGCUACACACAGUUCAUGAACUAAUACUGGAGACUUGCGUACAUUGACAUAAGGAGACUGUUUCGGCAGGAACACUUCAAGAGAUUCAGGCCUUUCCUUCUAGCGCCUCUCCCAAUAUUGGGAAAUUGCCUUUUUAUUUUGUUAAGUUCAUUAUAUCUAUUUUUAAAUCUCACAUCUCUCACUUUACAAUAUAAAUUUUUUCUCCGCUGGUUUUUCUACUUGCUUCUGCCCACUCAUUAAAAAAGGGAGCCCUGGAAGAGACACACACACUGUAUAUAACCAAACGACAUAACUGUCAGACUUUCUGCUCAAAAGCCUUUCUAUAUUGCCAAAUGGAGAUCUUGUUUUAGUUAGUCUCUUGCGUGAGACCUAUUUUGUGUAUCAGUAAAUGUCUGAUAGUUUUUUUUUUUUUUUUUUACACACGUGGAAUAUUGCCAAAUGACAUAACAAUGGUUUCAUACAGAUGGUCGUUUUUAUGGAAUACAAAGGCAUUUGCCCAAAUCUACUUAAGUUUAUCAGUGAGCGAAAGAUGUAAUCAUUUAAGAAAUGCUUAAAAGAAAUUCUAUUGAAAAUGGAGAAUAAACCGAAUUUAAAUCAGUAAGACCAUGACACAACACACCAACUCAGGAGUCCAUACUUAAUUUAAGUUCCACAGAUGAAACUAGAUCUUGAUCCAUCUCUGUGAUCUUACUUUACUGAACUAGAUUCCACUGUGUCCGUCUUAUACUACUCCUAAAGACACACAGUCUGUUUGCCAAGUCCUGAUAACUUGACCCCUUGCGUAAGCAGCCAUUCCAUCACUGCCAGCCUACAACACCAGGAGCUCUAGGGACUACAUAAAAUGAGACAACAGUACAUGUCAUUAUAAUAAUGCUAAUCAUUCUGUGCCUUGAUGUGUCGUAAUACUCCUAGUCUGUAACUGUUGAUCGUGCUGGUUUACAAUCUUUGUUAACAGUAUCAGAAUUCAACAGACUUGCAUGGGGAAGAGAGAGGGGAGUCUGACUGCUGUUUUGAUGCAGCAAUACACAAGUACAUGUGAACAGUAACAUCCCCUGAAUUCCAAGUUCCAUCCCCCACUACAUCCUACGCUCUUGUGUUGAUCUGAGAUGAUUGGUAAAGAGGUGGUAGCUACAUAUCGCUCUCUGAUACGCAAUGUGGAAUUGUCGCCAUAUACUAUUGCGUACACAGAUCUACACAAGUGCACAUGGUAUAUGGGCUUGUUUUCAGACUCAGGGUGCAUUUCAGCUUUAAUAGAACGUCAAAUGAUCUGGUAGCUUGACAUAAUCAUUGUAAAGGGACUCAGACAGGCGACACGAUCACAACAUUUAUAAAUCACCAUCUGAAUAUCUUUUUAAAGAAGACUAUGCUGUGAUUUUGAACAUGUAAACCUGAGUGUUUAGGUUUUUUGAGAAGCCUUGUGAAAUGUAGUUCUCUUUUUCUAUUUAUGGUUAACCUGCCUGAGAUACAGUAGUACUGUAAACUGUCCAGUAGAGGAAAAGAGACUAGUGAGAAAAGACCUUAAUAUAUUUACCUGUUUAUUUUUUCCCCACACCGAAAUGGGUGCAACCAAAUAUUCAGCAUUGGGCAGAGGUAUAUCAUAGUGUUAUAUAUAAAAGAAAAAAUGCCUGUAUGAAAAUGUAAUUUACUCAUUCAACCAGUAUUGUAUAAAAAGCAAUUUACUUGUUUUUGUCAUUUCAAAAGAAUGGUCAGAAUACACUUCAGUAUACUUAAAAGAACACUCACAGGGUCAUACAACUGUCAACACUGUGUAGAACACCAUCUUCAGACUAUAUUAUGUUGACGGUACACUGUUUUAUACGGCACUUUCAUGUAUGGAUUUUCUGGAUAUUGUCAGAUCUAUUAAAACAGAAAUGUUA